AUGUCGCUCGGCCACAACGCCUGGCCUCCGGGCAACAUUCGGCCCCCGGAUGACCUCCAGGACUCUCCCAGUCAAGUCAAUGGCUUAGUCAAGACAUUGUCUGGCUCGCGGACACCCCAGAUUCGCGGUUCUGUUGGCGCCGAAGGGCCGAACCCUAGCUCGGCAUCGGAAGCCGAUAUCAUGCCCGAAGAAGAUCCGCGCAUCGCUCAAUUCCGCGACCUGUAUCGCCGCAGUGAAGCGAAAAUAAACGCUUUGUUCUCUGGACAUCACUCGGACGAUAGCUUUGCCGCGACGGGAGAGCCUGUGGAGCCGUCCGAAGCUCAGCCCGAACGCGUCGAUGAUGCGCCGCCCCCUUCCACCGCUCCACGCAAGUCUACCCGAAAAGUUGACGACGAUGACUACGACGAUUACGAUGAAGACGAAGAUGAGGACAUGGAGGACGCCGCCGAAUCGCCUCUGAAGACAAAGUCCGGCGCUGCAGAUGGGCUCAAAGAAUCCAAGAAGGAAACAAUGGAGGAUCUGCGGAAGCAACUUGAGGAAGACAAGAAGGCGACGGAGGAGGCUGCUAGAAAGAGCUUCCACACUCUUUUCUACACCCUUGAGAAUGAUCGGGAUGCCAUGCUUGAUCAACAACGAUUGGAAGAAUCUGAAAGACAAGUUGAGGCAGAGAUAUCCGGCCAGGCUGAGAUGGGCAGUAACAAUGCCUCGGCUUCCAAUGGCUACAGCUCCUUGAGUAACACCAACCUGGGCGCCUCCAGUCUGACUUUGAAAAACCUCAUUGCACGCAUUGAUAAGAAACGUGAUCGGGUGCAGGCAUCGGAUGCUGAGCUGCGAAGCUUGCUGAGCGAGGUUCGCAAAAACCGCAGCAAGUGGGCAAAUGAGGACAAGGUCGGUCAGGAGGAGCUCUAUGAGGCCGCGGAAAAGGUUCUCAGUGAGCUCAAGGCCAUGACAGAGCAUUCCACUGCUUUCCUGACUCGUGUCAACAAGCGUGAUGCCCCUGACUACCAUACGAUCAUUAAACAUCCGAUGGAUCUUGGGUCAAUGACGAAAAAGCUGAAGGGUCUGCAGUACAGAUCCAAGCAGGACUUUGUCGAUGAUCUUACACUCAUUUGGGCAAAUUGCUUGAAAUACAACACGAACGCUGAACAUCCUCUCCGGAAGCAUGCACUUUACAUGCGCAAGGAAACCGAGAAGCUUGUUCCUCUGAUUCCAGAUAUUGUCAUCAGGGACCGUGCCGAAGUUGAGGCCGAGGAACGUCGACUACAGCUGGCCGAAAACGAUGGCGCCGAGGAAAGCGACGAUGAGCCGAUCAUGUCCUCGCGAGGUAGAAAAGCCCCCGGAAAAAAGACCGCGAAAAAGGGAACUGCUCCGUCUCGUAAUACCCAUAGCGGCUCUGAGGACCCGACCAGGGCUCCCAGCGCCCAACCACCUGCGCUGGCGCGUGCAGACUCCGAUGCUACCGGAGAAGCAACUCAGAAUGGAUUCUCCACGCCACCUCCUGGAUCUAACACGCCAUCUGACCCUGCUGGUCCAGGGCCGAUGCCUGCCGGGAGCCAGGAUGAUGCGAUGGAAAUGGACGCUCCGAGUACGUCAACUACUGCGCUGGGUGCCAUGUUACUUCCAGCAGGUGUAGAAGCGGAAGACCCGGAAUAUAAAGUCUGGAAGCAAGUGACCAAAAAGGAUCGAGCGCGCGUUGCGGCGGAGCGACACCGUCUCCUACGAGGAGACAAGCUCAAUACCGAAGAGCCCGCUCUUCUCAGAACCAAAGCUGGCAUGCGCCGAUGGCUUCGGCACCAGAAACAAGCUGCAUUGGAAGGUGACAAAUCUCGCGAUGGUGACUCCCAAGCCAUCGAGCCCGAGGCUGCAGGUGAAAGUCUUGCGGAGGGCAUUGAGGUGGAGGAAGACCAGAUGCUGCCUUAUUAUUACGAUGUUAUGUCUGGCGUUCCUGAUCUCCCGGAGCGGCUACUCUGGAAAGAAGAUGCUCAAGGCAACGUUGUUGAUGCCUCUGAAGAGUUCCUCAGGAUGCUUCCAAAAGGUUCAUUCACGCAACCGGAUAGCAAACUGACUCGCAAGAUGAACUCGAACAUGCGACAGGUGCAAGACACCCGCAAGAUCUGCUCGAAGAUCGCGAUUGUCAAGCAGAUGCAGCUCCAAUCUCAGAUGUAUCAAAAUCAGUUUCAGAAGUACCAACCCGAGCCAUUUUCCGAGCAAGAUGUUGAACCGCAUGUCAUGAAUGACAACGGUCCCGUCAUUGCUCCCUGGACUUGCCGGGCAGCAUUGCAGCGCUCAGUCGCCAAGGUAUUCUAUCAUACUGGCUUUGAGGAGUAUCAGCCAUGUGCGCUUGAAGCUGUUACGGACAUUGCCGCCGACUUCUUCCAGAAACUGGGAGCCACAUUCAAAUCUUACAUGGAAACACCCAAGGUUUCUGUCACCGAGUCGCAUGAUCCUACAUCUCCCGCCACCGAAUGGAAACCGGCAUAUACCCAAUCUGAGAUUGUCCUGCACACCUUGUCCACUGUCGGAAUUCACAUCGACGAAUUGGAAUCCUACAUCAAGGAUGAUGUGGAACGUCUGGGCACCAAACUUGCCACCGCUCAUGAUCGCCUCAAAUCACUCUUGACCGAACUUCUCCGGCCCGCUCUGGAAGGCGGCGAAGACGGCUCCAACGCGUUUGCGGAUGGCAGUGAGCAGUUUGUGGGUGGCGACUUCGCCGAGGACAUCGACGAAGACUUCUUCGGUUUCAAGGAGUUAGGCCUGGACCGCGAAUUCGGCCUCUCCACGCUCAGCGUGCCAUUGCAUUUGCUGCAAAAUCGCAUGUUCAACGCAGCCAACCCGCAGAACGCGAGUGUGUCGCAGGCUGUCACCCUCUUCCCGGUUCCGCCCCCAUACCCACGUAUCUCCACAGACAAUGUGUCUCAGCAGAUCGGACUCCUCCAGAACUUCUUCAAGGGCAAGCUGGACGCAAACAGGGACGAACCUCUCGUGGAAGACCUCGAGCUGCCACCCAAGCAGCGACCAAUGGCGACCAAACCCCGUCUUCCGGGCUCUGGAAAAAUCCCCCAGGCUGGCCUCCCUGGUCUUACAGCCAGCCCGCAGAAACGAGCUGCUCCGCCGGCGGCAUCCAAGGCUGGUGGGAUGGAGCCAAGUAAGAAGAAGGCCAAAAAGAACAGCGGUGUGGCCCUUGAAAUGCCUAACUUCCAACCCGACGAAGCUAAUGAGCUGGCAACAAAUGGCGACUUGAAGCCGGACGAGAACGGUCUCGGUGAUGGCGCUGGUGAAUCGCUGAUCAACGGAGUGUAA